UCACUGAGUUCCUCUCGGUGGUGUGGACAACACUGGCUCGGAGCUUCAGAACUCUGCCCUUCUCUUCUUCUCUACCUUUCGUUAGGGAUCCUGGGCUUUCCCCUUCUCUCUGGAAAGCCAGAGCCCCAGUGUUCCUUCCCAGGGAGGGAGUGCCCUCCAGUGCGCGGGAGAGUGAAGGCCAGAGGAGGCUGCAACUGGAGAAGGGCAGGGCCAGGGCCAAGUCUGUAAGGGAGGAACUGCCAGCCAAUGAGGGGCGAGCCGCCUGCACCCUGACCUUUGAGUCUGGGACAGCACGGGACCCACAGGUACUUCUGGGGGCUGUCUCUACACUCUCCCUGUCGGUGUCCUGGGACCACGUGAGGAUGCUGCUGUGGCUCCGUGUCUUUUCCGUUCUGGGUCUCGGGGUCUGGGGUGAUUCCCCCUGGGAUGCAACACGAGCUAAACGCAUGUCAGAGGGGCUUCGGUACCUGUUUGGCAACAUCACCCAGCUCAUUGAAAAAGGCAAACUCGGUGUCAAUGAUAUCUCCACUGUGGUCUCUCGCAAGGAGUGGGGGGUGGAAGCUGUUGGCUGUGGCACACACCUGACCUCUCCAGUGAAUUUUCUUGUCACGCACCACGUCCCUGGACUGGAGUGUCACAACCAGACUGUCUGUAGUCAGAGGCUGCGGGAACUGCAGGCCCAUCAUGUGCACAACAACAGCUGGUGUGACGUGGCCUACAACUUCCUGGUUGGGGACGAUGGCAGAGUGUAUGAAGGUAUUGGCUGGGACAUCCAAGGCAUGCACACCCAGGGCUACAACAACAUCUCCCUGGGCUUUGCCUUCUUCGGCACCAAGGAAGGCCACAGUCCCAGCCCUGCUGCCCUGUCAGCCAUGGAAGGCCUGAUCUCCUCUGCUGUCCGGAAGGGCCACCUGUCAUCUCUGUAUGUUCAGCCACUUCUUGUGAAAGGUGAGGACUGCCUGGCCCCUCUGCAGAAGGCAAGUCCAAAGAAAGCUUGCCCCUACAUUGUCCCUCGGUCUGAUUGGGAGGCCAGGGAGACCCACUGCCCCAAGAUGAACCUCCCGGCUAAGUACGUCAUCAUCAUCCACACCUCUGGGAGAGUCUGCAACAUGUCUGAUGAGUGCCGCCUGCUGGUCCAAGAUAUCCAGUCCCUCUUGAUGGACAGAUUCAACUCCUGCGACAUUGGGUAUAACUUCCUCGUGGGCCAGGAUGGUGUCCUUUAUGAAGGAGUGGGCUGGAAUGUCCAAGGCUCCCACACUGCUGGCUACAAUGACAUUGCCCUGGGCAUCGCCUUCAUGGGCACCUUCUCAGGUACCCCGCCCAAUGCUGCAGCCCUGGAGGCAGCCCAGAACCUGAUCCAGUGUGCAGUGGAUGAGGGAUAUUUGGAUCCCAACUACCUGCUGGUGGCACAGAGUGAUCUUAUCAAAACCUUGUCUCCUGGGCAGGCUUUGUACAACAUCAUCAGCUCCUGGCCUCAUUUCAAACACUGAGGGAGCCCCUGCUCCUUCUGAGGCUGCUCCCUCUGCCACCCGGCUUCUAGCCGCCCAUGCUUUCACCCUCCAUCCUAGCUCAACUCCUCGUGUCCCCUCCCUGCCACUACCCCUCCUGUCUUGGGUUAGUAUGGUCCUCUCCUGCUGGCAUCCUCCAGCAUCCUCCAAACCCCAUAGCUGGGCAUUCCCAGCCCUCUGAGUCUGGGCCCAGCCUUCCUCUCUCCUCAUCUUCCUCUCCCCUGGGCACCCACCUCCUCAGCCAGGUGAGAAUCUAGGCUGGUCCACGUUUGACUUCUCAUUCCCUUUGCUCACACCCCUCUGCCUGGUGUGCCUUCCCCUGCUGUCUGCCUGGCAGCCCCCAACCUCACCCAUGAGCCAGGUCAAUGCCCAGCCCCUCCUCUCUGCCCACAUGCUGACUUGUCAUAUUUGGAUGCAGCCCUGAGUUCAGGGCUCAAUUUUUUAUAGACGUGUCUGUUCUCGCCACUGGAUUGUGAGGUCAUCCGGUUUUAUUCCUCUCUGUGUCUUCAGUUUUUCAGCAGUAUCUAGAAGCCAGUAAGUGUGACAGAUGUUUGUUGAAGAAAUGGAUGACGAAAUGAAUAAGUGGAUCAAGUCCCUUGCCAGUUUCCUCUGUCGUCCCCUCUCUGGGGAUGCCUUCCUGGACAGUCCCCCAUCCCACCAACAUUUUCUCUGUUCCUGUUCCCUCCCAGUCCUGGGCCAGAGCUGGCUUUGGUUCCUUUUCUGGAAUGUUUGCUGUGUCUCUAGAGUUCUGUGUCCCUGUCCUCUCUGAGCUUCUGAGGGCAGGGACGUUGCACUCCUCCAGGCCCACGUCCGGGCUGUGUUCACACAAGUCAAUCCAGUGCCUGCUGCCUUCUCUUGCCUGCCAAGCCCUCUGGACAUUGGGCUGAGCGAGGACCCAGAGUCGUGGGAUUCUGCAGCCCUCCCUGCCCAGGCUCUUCAAUCUCUUAUUGGAAGCAGAAGAUGUGUUCUUUGUUUUUUCUGGGUCUUGGUCUGGAAAAAGGGGUAGGAGAGACAGAGGAAAACUGAUAGGAUAAAUAAAAGGAAAAAAAUUGUGUAUAAAGAGCCAUAGAU